AUGGUACCGCACAUAAUUUACAUCAUCGUCUUUGUGAUGCUGUACUUCUUUACGAUUUUCCCAACGUCCGAAAUGGAAUCGGUUGGGCUGACGGUGAAUCAGCUGUGUACACGUUACCUGGCGGCCGAAACCGAUUUCGUGCUGUACCACAUGAAAGCGACCAGCGUCAAGCUGCUGAUCCAUUCCACGUUACCAAUCGGAUAUGUCAUCUUCAUCUGGGUGAUGGCUUGGCUCAAUCCGCACGAAAUGGUAAUGCAACAGACCGCAUCAUAUUUCGCUGACACGGCAUGGAACACGUUUUGCAGCGGUACCGGCACGCUGCUGCUCACCGCCCUGAUUACCGUGUUUUACUGGGCACAGGACGGUUGGAGUAAUCAUCCGAUCGCGAAACAGCUGCAACUCAUGACGACACCAGACCUACCCGAUUGGCGAUCGAUAGCGACCAACAUUAACGACGAGUAUCGGCGGGAUACAAAGAUUAUCAUACGCUCGAACGCCAUCUCAACGCUAGUGGUUACGGAAAGUUGGAUCAUUAAAACUAACAUGUACGUGCACAACAUUGUCUCGCAGAGCGAAGCACACCUGUUCGCGUACAAGAUCGACACAAAGGAGGUGAUCACGGAUACGCUCGAAUCGGCCGAGUUUGUUAACAUUCUCGUCAAGCCACUGGUAACGCAGGUCAAACCGUUCACCAUACGUAUGAACAUUCGCCACAUCAACGAACUGGGCGACCGACUUCAGCGUCCGAUCGUGGUGAUGCCUUCGGUACAGUUUCGUUCCCUCACGGAGCGGUUUGUGGACGCGUUCAAAGAGGAGGUCGCACUGAACCCCACCGUUGCCAGCACGCACCUUCCGGAGGACGGUGAUUGCUGUCUCGCCUGCCUGCAGGUGCUGCCAGACGUGAAGAUUGUCAAAUACUGUGUAGAUGAAGAUGCGCAUGGGGCGAUACUGGCAGAAUCGGAACGCUGCCAACCGUGCGGUUGUCGGCCGCUGUGGUGUGUCGGAUGCCUGGCGACUUGGUUUGCCUCGCAGCAACGGCGUGCCGAACGCGAUACGUGGAUGAGCAAGAAAACGACCUGCCCGAUGUGCAGGGCCCGGUUUUGCGUGCGGGACGUGUGCUACCUGGAGAAUCGUGUGCCGGUGCAACAAACUGAAGAAUAA